AUGCCGGGGGGCGGGGCUGGGUGGUGGGCGCCCCACGGCACGUCGGCCGGGGCCAGGGGCGGCGGCGGGGGCGGGGGCCGGGAGGGGGACGGUGCAGCGAGGCGCCGGCCCCCGCCCUUCAUGAUGUCGUCGGCGGGGGGGCAAUGCGGCCUGGGGCCCGGCUCCGGGGUGUACGUGAAAAGGAAAAGUAUUAUAAAACCAUUAAAGACUGUAAUAUUUAUUAAUUAUACUAUAAUAGAGUUAUAA